UCGCCUGCACAAAACGGCUCGUCGUGAUUCUUUUGAAGCCUCUGAGCGCCAGACCUCAUCCUCACGUCGGAUAUGUAACGUUUAAUGCUUUCUUUUCUGAUCACAAUCGUUCUCGUUGGAAGUGAAAUAUGGGAAAAGCAGCUUUUUCUCACGUUCUACACGCGCAUUGACCCUGAGAGUUGCAGGAGCGCGUAAACAGACUGAAAGAGGAAGAGCGCGAUGAGGAGCGAUGGCACACUCACUUUAACGGACUUAGCCGUCCUUAUUCUCCGGCUGCAGCUGAGUUUAAUGGCAGCUCAAGUCACUGUGCUUGCCAGCAGGGUGAUGAUGGAGGGCUGCCCACUCGGCCAGUUCCCCUGUGGGAAUACCAGUGUGUGCCUACCACAGGUGCUCCAAUGCAACGGUCACAGAGACUGCAAGAAUGGAGCAGAUGAGGAUCAUUGUGGUGAUAACAGUGGAUGGGCCGACAUCUUUGACCGCACCAUUACAAAGAAAGCUGAACCACAGGACCUCACUGACGCCUGCGCUCUUCAGCAGUAUCCGGAGAGCUGCGAUUGCACCAAGACAGAAGUGGAAUGUGUGGGGGUGAACUUGCGUAUCGUGCCUCUUCUCUCCUCUAACGUGACUUGGCUGUCCCUAAAGAGCAAUGACCUGAGAGAGCUUCCUGAUGAUGUGUUCUCUAAAUAUGCUGAUCUGCAGCGACUGUUUCUGCAGAACAACAGCAUUCAUAAAGUUUCCAGUCGUGCGUUCAGAGGCUUAAUCAGACUGAGAAAACUGUUCCUAAGUCAGAACUACAUCACUUCUUUAAGUCCUGAUGUAUUCAGGGAUCUCCAUAAAUUACAGUGGCUAGUGCUGGACCACAACCCACUGAGGAGCAUCUCACAUGAUAUCUUCAUUGGUCUCAAGUCAUUAAUAUUUCUGUCCAUGGUGAACACGUCCCUGGUACAGCUGUCUGAACUAAGCCUCUGUAACUACAUGCCUCUGCUCAGCUGGCUGGAUUUUGCUGAGAACCACAUUGAAGUGCUGAACUACUCCACUCUCACAACAUGUAGUGAACUCACAGUACUAUCAUUGCGUGACAAUAAAAUUAGGACUCUUCCUGAAAGCACUUUUCAGUCCCUUGGAGCAUUGGCAGAGCUGGAUUUGUCUUGCAACAGUAUUGCAGAUCUCCCCAACAGCAUAUUUAAGAAUUUAAAAUCACUAUUGAAACUAAAUAUAUCCCACAACCCUUUGCUUCACAUUCAUGCUGGUCAUUUCGAUCACCUGAUUCAGCUUGAGUCUCUAGGAUUGGAGGACAUUGAGAUUCCUGAUAUACAAACGAAGAUGUUCCUCCCAAUGAGUAAACUGUCUUACAUAUAUUUUAAGGAUUUUCGCUACUGUUCCUACGCACCGCAUGUGCGGAAGUGCAAACCCAACACAGACGGGAUCUCAUCAUUUGAGGACCUAUUGGCCAACGUGAUCCUAAGAGUGUCCGUCUGGGUCAUGGCCUUCAUUACCUGCUUUGGAAAUCUCUUCGUUAUUGGAAUGCGAUCGUGCAUUCGUGCAGAGAACAACCUACAUGCAGUGUGCAUCAAAGUCCUGUGCUGUGCAGAUUGUCUGAUGGGGAUCUAUCUGUUUUUUCUGGGUGUCUUUGACGUGAAGUUCCGUGGUGAGUACAAUAGGAACGCACUGCUCUGGAUGGAGAGCCGUGAAUGCCGCACCAUUGGCUUCCUGGCCAUGCUGUCAUCUGAAGUGUCAGUGCUCCUCCUCACUUACCUGACUUUGGAAAAGUUUCUGGUCAUCGUGUUCCCCUUCAGUCAUCUGCGACCCGGGAAGCUGCAGACUGGUGUGGUGCUGGUCUCCAUCUGGCUUAUAGGAUUGACUAUAGCUGGUGUACCUCUGCUCAGCGACGACCUUUUUGGCAACUACUACGGACGUAAUGGAGUCUGCUUUCCCCUGCAUUCAGAUAGGCUGGAGAAGCCCACUGCUAAGGGUUACUCUACAGGAAUAUUUCUUGGACUGAACCUGCUGGCUUUCCUAGUCAUUGUCUUCUGCUACUCCAGUAUGUUCUACUCCAUCUACAAGACCGGCAUCAACACCACAGAUGUGCGUAAUCGCUUGCACAAAGAUGUGGCUGUAGCCAAUCGCUUCUUCUUCAUUGUGUUCUCUGACGCUCUCUGCUGGAUCCCAAUAUUCCUCGUCAAAACGUUCUCCCUUCUUAAAAUGGAGAUACCAGGCACUAUAAACUCUUGGGUGGUGAUCUUCAUCCUGCCCAUCAACAGUGCCCUGAACCCUAUCCUCUAUACACUGACAACCAGCUUCUUCAGGGAGCAAGUGGAGCUGUUACUGUGCCGCUGGCAACGCAGCUCGUCCAUAAUAAAAGACCGCAAGAGUCUCACUAGCAGCACAAUCUACAUGGAAACUUCCAGGAAUAUGUUAUAUCACUCAAAAGGCAAACUGUCCCGGGUCUCCUACCCAGAUGUGGAUACCCGAUAUGGCUGAUGGAAUAGAAAAGUGCUGACUUUAUCAUCAACACCAUCUACAUUACAUGGGAACUGAAGGCUGUACUACAGAAAAAACAACAGAGGACUCAUGGUCUAGACUCUAGGAAAAUGGGUUCUACAUAAAGGCAUGGAUCUAGAUUAAUUUUCUCUCUCAGGAGAAUGAAUGCAUCAAAAGACAUUAUUAUAUAUAUAUAUAUAUACAAACUGAGAAAAGUAAGAUUAUAUUUGAUGCCUCCAUCAAAGCAGAUUAAAUAUUACUGGCCAGUAUCUUAGAUCAUAUGCUCUUCACACAGGUGGAGUGUGUUGUCUUUAUUGUCACUAGGUCACUUGAAAUGUCAAAUGAAUUUCUUGAGCCAAUUCAAGCAUUCUUAAAUAAUAAAUCUUAAAUCUUAAAUUUUGCUGUGGCACACCAAAGGCUCUUGAGACCGCCAAAUAGUUUGUAGACCAUUUACAAUCUGAAGUUAAUUAUAUUCGUAUAUUCAGUAGAUUUGUACUGAGUUUGAAGAAGAGCUUCACCUUUCACAUUUUUUUAACCAUUUUGAAACCGCUGUAUAAAUAUGGAUAUGCUCUGAGAGAUGCUCUAUUUAUAGGUUAUUUGUUAAUGUAAUGAAAUGCAAAUGUGUUAUUCUGUACUAUAGUAAUAAUAUAUUAUACAUGUUUAUGUUUUUUAAUGUUUGUCAUUACCAUUUGCCAUCUCUCAGUCUCACAUUAGCUUUUCUAUUGAACUUCUCUCACUUGUCAGGUUAUCACUUUAUAUUGUUUUAUAUGGCUUCCCAGGGUAAACCAUAAUUAAAAUGAACCAGCUUCUUUGAAA